AUGCCUCUCCCCAACGUCAACGGCACUCUCUCUCUCCAGGGCGCCCUCCGCUCUGGAGACGCAACCAAAUCUACCCUCAAGCACGGCAUGCUCAUCCGCCUCACCCCAGAGAACAUCCAGUCUCUCCAGGACUUCACCCGCCACCGUAGCAUCCAAGCACAGUUCGGCGACAGCCCCGGCAUCUAUAUCGGCGAGCAGUUCUUCCCCAUGCGCAUCAUCGGAGAGGCCGCCCCUCACGAACUCUACCUCCGAUCCACCCCUUUGAACAAGCCAAACGCGCCUCUCAAGCUCUACGCCAACAUCACAGGCAAGAUCACCGUCGAGCGCGAGCUCGACCAAAAAAUCGAGGACAAGGUCUCCCAGUCCACCGCCGACGCCGCCAAGGCAAAGAAUUCCCGCCGCAUCGUCGUCAUCGACGAGCCGCCCCCAAAGAAACCCGCCGCAGCCUCCACCGCAGCUACGAAGAAGAAGAAGACGGGCACGAGCGUGUCGGUCACGCGUCGUGCGCCACAGAUCAUACAGGCCAAGAACGAGGGCUCCUCUAGGCUCGCGUCUCCCGCUCCCAACCAAGGCAAGGCACUCUCGCCCCUGCGCCCGCCCGCCGCUACGACAAAUAUCAACCUCCGCCAGCGCGUCAUUCGCUGCAUCGCCGCCAGCCCGCGGACGCAGGACGAGGUCGUCAACCUCGUCAGUGGCCCCUCGUGCGCAGAUUCCACACGGCGCGACGUCCUCGCCCAGCUCGAAGACGUGGCCAUGCCCAUCGAGGGGCCCAAACACUCUUCGUCUCCGGCGAAGUACCGUGUCCGUCCGGAAGUGUGGCUCGAAGUGCGUCCAUACGAGUGGACUGGGCUCACGGACACCGAGCGCACCAACUUUGCGCGCCAGGCGCGCCUCGCGUUCGGUGACCUGCGCAUUCCUCAGAGCGACCCUCGCUGGGAGCACGUGCGCUACCGCCAGCCUGCGUCCGCCGCGGCCGCAGUGGCGCCCACCGCUGCCGCGAAGCCGCCGGCGAAGAGGGCGAUCACGACGACGGGCAAAGCGCGCGGCGGCGCCACCGCCACCGCCUCCGGAUCCAAUGCCAACUCUACCUCUACCUCCGCAUCGGCGACAUCCAAGACGGACGCCAGAGACGAGCCACCCGCGAGCGCCCCGUCUGCUGCUAUCAGGCAGAAACAUGAGCUUCCGCCCCGUCCGCGCCCCGUCAUGCCGCCGCCGCCGCUCCCACCCUCGGUGUCUGCCGGCAAAGUUUCCAGAAACUCGCCGGACGACACACAGCCAGCGCCGAGCCCGACGACGGCGGCGGCUCGCCGGCGCUUGCCUGGGUCCGGGUUCAAGUCGACCAUGCGCGCGUCGCCGUUUGGGUCUGAUUCCCCCACGGGCACGAGCGCGGGCGCAGGCGCGGGGCGCACGGGGACGCAGGCCACAGGAGGCACGGGGCCUUCGCCCCCGCGGCAGAAGCCAGCGGUGACGGUCACGAAGCGCACGGGGCCCGUCGACGCGCGGAACAAGCGCGAGGAGCCGCAGCCGAGCGGGCGCGCGACCGCGCUGCCCUCAAUCCCGCCACCGCCGUCUGCGCGCGAGAAGGAGAAGGAGAAGGAGCGGGUGCGCGAGCGGAUCAAGAAGACGCCCGUCGUGCGAGAGGAGGGCGAGAUCGACGAGGCGCCCCCCGCGCCUGCGAGGGCGCCGGCCGGUGCGGCGCCGCAGGGGAAGAAGCGCAAGGCGCAGGCGUACCGGGACGGCGCCGACGAUGGGCUCGAGAGUGCGGUCGCGGGGGCGAGGUCCGGGCCGGGCGCCGCGCCGCCUGUGACGGGCACGCGGGUGUCGGUCACGGCGGUGAAGCGCCGGAAGGUGGACGAGGGCGGAGGGUACGCGCCCGCUGCCGCCGGUGGUGCGCUUCCCAAGGCACGGGAGCGGGAGCGGGACUGGGAGAAGGAGAAGGAGCAGCGGGAGAGGGAGCAGCGGGAGAUGGAGAAGGAGCAGGCCGCGGCGGCGCUGCAUCAGCGGAAGGUCUCGGCCGCGAAGCGAGAGAGGGACAGGGAGAGGGAGCGGGAGAAAGAGAAGGAGAGGAGCGCGUCGGUGCAGCCGCCGCCGCGCAAGCCUGUGAACAAGGACAGAGAAAGGGAGCGCGCGCGAGAGCGGGACGCGACACCGCUGCCGCCGCCGCCGCCGCGCAAGAUCAAACGGGAGCCCGAGCCUGAGCCAGUGCCCGUCCGCGCGCGCGACCGGGAGCGGGAACGCGACCGUGACCGCGACCGCGAGCCACGCGAGCGAGAGCGGGGGCGCGACCACGACCAGGAGCAGGAUAAACCCAAGGCGGGGCGCAUCAGCAAGCGCCGGAGGAGCCCCAUCUACACCUCCUCGUCCUCUGACGACGAGGACGGGCCGAGCCCCGCCACGCGCCCGCGCACCAACGCGCACUCCCACACGCACCCCGAGCCUGCGUCCUCCGCCACGAGCACGUCCUCCCCGCGCGACGUGGACCCCCCUGGGCGCUCGCAUGCCCGCGAGCGCGACCACGAGCGGGAUCGCGAGCGCGACCACGAGCGGGAUCGCGAGCGCGACAAAGACCGCGACCGCGCGGGCCACGGCACCAACAACAGCGGCACGCGCGCCGCCGCGCGCUCGCGUCUGCCCCCGGAGCCGCCCACCACGCCACUCCCAACGGACCGCGCAACGCUGCGUCGGCGGUACCGCCGCUCGUACACGCACUAUAUCAAGGCGUACCACCUGUUUGCGCUCGAGCGCGGGCGGGUGGAGGACGCGCUCGCGAGCAUGAACGAGGGCCGUGCGGGUGGCGGCGGGGCGGCGAGCGAGGACGGCGAAGAGGAGGAGGACGAGCCGAUGAGCGAGGGCGAGCUGCUGGAGCUCGUGGAGCGGCAUGAUGGGUGGAGGCGGGAGCUGGAGGCGAUUCGGAAGGCGUUUACGACGACGGGCGGGGAGGCGCUGGAUGUGGAGCCUUGAUUUUUGACGCGCUGCGUGGGCUGGGGAGUGGUGGUGGUGCUUUUGCUUAGAGACGGUGUGGGCGCGCUUAGCUUGGGUCGCGCACGGUUUAGAUGUUGUGGAGGAGCGAUACCAAACGAUCGGAAGUGGAACGAACGGGAUGGAUGUAUUUAUUUAACAACAAAAGUCGGACUCGGAUCUCGUCGUCUCAUGGUGUCUUGUUUUCUUUUUUGCUUUCGCUCUUUCUGCCGGCAACUAUCAUUUUCAAUUCAGCUUUUCGUGGCUUGCGCCGGCGUUGACGAGUU